AUGGACAUCACGGACUUCGUAUCCGCGCGGCGGGAGACGCUGCUCAUCGCCGAUUACAACACCUACCGGACGCAACUCUCGCGCCAGAUCCUGUCCACCCGAAAGCGCCUGGGACGAGCAACACCAAAACGAGAGAAAUUCGCUGCGAAAGCAGUGACAGCAGAGGACGUGGGCAGCAGUCAUGAGUUUGUCCAUUUGCUGCUGCUGACGGCGGAGAGGGCCUGGGCACAUGCUAUGCACAUCAAGACCUCGCACACCGAAGACGCGAGCGGGAAGGGCAUAACUGGCGCAACGAGACGGCAUGUCAUUUCGAGAUUGGCCAAGUCUGCGAAGACUGCUAGGAACCUACUGGAUCUUCUCAGAGAACAAAACGUUUCCAAAGCGAGCAGUCGAGAUGUGUUGGAAGGUAGGGCAUACGCUGCUUCUCUUGGCGGAGCGGAGGAGUUCGAGAAGGAGUCGGGCGGCGCACAGCAGGCUGGAGAGAAGCGGUGGCAUGAGUGUUUGAAGCAGUAUUCGGAAGCGAGGGUGAUCUAUGCUGCGUUACACGAGAAUGAGAAGAAGGAAGUGUUCCGGGAUAUCCUGGCCAACACCGUGGACCCAACGAUCAGAUACGCCGCCUAUCAAGCUCAUCUUUCUCGGACAAUUGCGAUACCUACUGUAGCCAAGCGUUUCUUUCCCAAGGACGACGCCCAACUUGUCAAGGCGGUUGAAACACUGGACCCGUACGCUCUGAAAGACAAGCCUAUACCGAAGACGGAAGAAGAGCAGCAGGCCUCACCGCAGGCUGUACCCAAUAGCGUGACUUGGAGAGGUAGAAAGGCAAACAUUGUCGAUGCAUCUAUAGGCCAAGCACUUGCUUCAGUCACCGCCGCAGAAGCUCGACUGAGAUCGUACUUGUCCUCCAACCCGUCCGCUGCCAAUCGAGACAAAGCAGCUGCCUACGAUGAGGUUCUUGUUGCGUCUCAAGACGCUGCUGAUGCCACAAAGCGUGCAAUCGAUGAGUUGGAGAAGGAAAGGGUCGAUGAGGGCGAUGCUCGGAUGCAGGAUCUGCGUGUCACGAGUUUAUCCGUCAACUACGACCUGGUAUCGUGGCGUGUCGGCAGGAACCGCGUGCUGGUGGGUGCUGAAGACGAUGGCAUGGCCUUUGAGCCUCAAGUACAGAAGAAACCAAAGCGAUUACGCAAGGACGGCACUGAAUAUCCGGACAAGGAGGAGGGACGGGGCCACAAAUUCAGCAGACUUCGGGAACGCAUCGUGCUCUACGAUGCCAGCAUACAGAGCGUCGAAUCUGUCAAGGAAUUGAGAGGUGCCAUGCGAGAUCAAACGUUCGUUGACGAGCUGGAGGCGAAGACCAACUACUUCCGCGCGCUCAAAUGCCUCAAUAUCUCAUACUCGCAUAGCCUCUUAAGCAACCACCUCAAUGCCCUGGCCUUGCUGAAGCGUGCUCAAGAUCUGCUGUCGACUCCCAGUCUCCCAGCGAAAUCUUCAUCUGGACAGGAUGAUGCACCACCGACCCUCGAUCUACCGCCUUCCGCAGCACAAAAGCUACAGCAACAUAUCACCUCAUUUCUUGCUCGCACGCAUGCUCUGGUAGAGCUGCACAGCCUUGAAUCAGCAUCCGCCAACACCGCAUCGAAGACGGCUGCUCAUGCCGCACCCUUGGUCCAGAACCUCAAUUCAUAUCCUGCUUCAGGCACGCAGGUAGACCUCACGAAUCUGGUCACCUACCCACCAAAGCUGGAGCCAGUACCAGUGAAGCCUCUAUUCCUGGACGUCGCUUGGAAUUACAUCGACUAUCCGGGACGGAAAGCGAAGCCAGCAGAGGCGCAGAAGCCGGCGGUCAAUGGUGUGCAGCAGACCCAGGCGGAGCCGCAGAAGAAGAAGGGGUGGUUUGGGUUUGGAAGAUGA